CGAAACCGGGAGGAAGCUCUGUGCCUGGAAGGGACCGGCCGCCAUCUCAAGUCUCGGCCUCGCUGGGCCCACCAGAGAAAGCUGACGCCCAGUCUUAUAAUCCUUAUGGGGGACCAACCUUGCGCCUCCAGGACAUCCACGCUCCCACCUGGAAAUACGCGGGAAACCAGGCCUCCAAAAAAGCGCUGUCUCCUAGCUCCACGGUGGGAUUAUCCUGAAGGAACCCCCAACGGAGGUAGUAACCCUCUCCCCUCCGCACCCUCUCCUGCAUCACCCGGCCUGAAAUCGCACCCUCCUCCUCCGGAGAAGUAGUGGAAUAUACUUCUCCCACCCCAAACCAGUCUCUGAGGGAUUGCAGAAUGACUCCAUUUCCUUGGUGCAUUUAUAAAAUGCUUUGUCUAGUGAAGACAAUGAUGAUUAUCGACACUGCUGCCCAGCUUUUUUCUGAUGUCCUGCACCAGCUUGUCUCACUAUGCCAGCUAGGAUCUUCACUACAAUGAGAAAGAGUAACAGUGAUAGCGGAUUUUCUUCUCUUGCUUUUGAAUUUUCAACGGAAUUACACAAAUGUUUCACCAUUUUUAGAUUUGUUUCUUCAAGAUAAGGAAGUUCAUUUGUAGCCUUCGUAUGCUGAGACUUUUUAAUUAUGAAGGAAUAUGGAGUUUUUCUCCAUUAAUUUGAGAGUGUAACCAUGUGAUAAAUUACGGUAAUCAAUUUUCUAAUGUAUUUUCUGAUAUUGGUUUCAUCACCCUCACCAUUGAA